CCACAACCUCCCUCAAUUCUACCACCAUGGCAGACUCCAAGCCGAAGUCCGCAGUUCCAGAAUGGCAAAAAUCCCAUGCCACGUCCGAGAGCGGCAGCAACAGCAGCGACAGCAGCGAAAGCAGCACCACCACCGUCAAAGGAGCAGAAGAUAACGAGACCGACGACCAACCCUCUCGGCCAGCGCUCCUCGACCAAGCCGCCAAAUUCCUCCAGGAUGACUCGAUCCGCGACGCCCCGAUGGACCGCAAGAGGGUGUUCCUAGAGUCGAAGGGUCUGCGCGACGAUGAGAUUGACCUUCUGCUCCGGGAGUCCUCGGGGGAGGAGACCAGCAGCAGCAGCAGCAGCAGUAGCAGCAGCAACGAGCACGCCAGCGACAAUGAAACCACCACCACCACCGACAACAACACCAACACCCAAACAUCAGUCCAUCCACCCUCCUCCCCUCCCCCAACCACAACACCAACAACACCCAAGACCAUGACCCCCCGAGAAAUCCCACCCAUAAUAACCUACCCGGAAUUCCUAACCACUCCGCCAACGCAACCGCCCCUCCUCACCCUGCGCAGCACACUAUACACCCUCUACGCGGCCGCAGGCCUAGCAACAACCUUCUACGCAGGCAGCGAAUACCUGGUGAAACCGAUGAUCGCAGAACUAACAACGGCGCGCCACUCGCUCGCGCGCACCACAGCCACAAACCUGCGCACGCUCAACUCAAAACUCUCGCAAACCGUCUCGACCAUCCCACCAGCCCCCACUGACACUCCAACCACCGACCCAGAAACAGAAACAGACACAGAAUCCAUAACCUCAGACCCAACGGAGCUCUUCCACCGCGACGUGGCCGUACAAACCACCGACCCAGCACCAACACAACCAACACUCGUGGGCACCACCGAGGUCGACGACCAGAAACAAGAAGAGGACAAGACAAAGAGCGCGGUGGAAAUAGCACGUACGCAUACGGCGCGCAUGCAGGCGUUAAAGGCGCAGUUACGCGAGUUGUCGGAUGCAGAUGAGAGGACUGCGGGCGUGGAUACGGCGCUGAGGGGGAAGAUGAAUGAUUUGCAUCAUUAUUUGGAUACGUUUAUUUAUAGUAAGCCUGGGGUGUACAAUCCGAUGGCUGGGUAUGGGGUUUUUAGUACGCCCGGGUUGGAUGCUACGGGAGCAGCUAGUGGUGGUGUUGGGUCGAAUGCUGGUUCGGGCGGUGGGUUGGGACUCGGGAAAGGGGAGGAGGAUGCGAUUGCCAGUUUUCGCGCCGAGAUUCGUGGUGUCAAGGGGGCGUUGCUGAGUGCCAGGAAUUUUCCGGCUGGUGGGGGGAGAGGUGGGAAUCGUAUCGCUGGGAGAUUCGGUCGUCCUGGUUCGGAUUAUUGAAUGAAGGGCGGGAGUUUAGAUGAGAGUAGGUGAUGG